GUGUAUUUAUAUAUAUAUAUUUUUUUAGGUCAACGAUAUAUAUAUGUAUAUAUAAACAUUGUUUUCUCUCCCUUUUCCAUCUUCCAAGUCUUCUCUCAACUGUUAAAGAAACACUGGCAUCAUCACCACCACCAUGAGGAGUUCACUUCCUCCACCCAACAGUGGAAGUAGAAGAUCAUCAACCACUAAUCGUCAAUGGUCUCUUCCCUCCGCUUCCCCCACCAACCUUUCUCUCUCUCGCUCUUCUCCUCCUCUCACUCACCGACCUACUCAUAACCGCCACUACCCUAACUCCAAUUUCCCCCGCGAUCGCGCUCCAACGACCCCUACUAAGCCCAAUUUCAUCGUCCACCUUGUUCACCCAAGAACCCCCUCCGCCAACACCGACGCCAAACCGUCCUUUUCCGUCAGAAAGCAACUGAUCAACACCCUCGCUUCCCUCUGCCGAAUCCCGGAGGAAUCCGUCCAUGUCCCCCAGCUCGGCUCCGUCGCCGGAAGCUUCGGUUUCCGUCAAUGGAUCGACGCGCUCUCCGCCGUGGUUUCUCUCUGGGAGUGUCGUCUCCGAGGGAAGCACGAUUUCGUCCCCGAGCUGGUUCCUAACGUCAUCGUACCCUCAGACAUGGACGAGCUUAGAGAGAGGAUGCGUGAUCUCUUCUCGUCUCAUAUUCUUUCCCUUUUGGGAAACGGAGAAGGCGUGAAGAAGGUGAGGAAGGAGAUUGAUGAGAAGUCUCGUUACAUUGAGUCCUUUGCGUCCAAAAGAGGGAUUAGAUUAGAGGUUUUUGAGAAAAAGAAGAGUUUAGAGGCGGAGAGAGAUUUGGUUGUUAAGCGGCUUGAAGAAUUCAAGAAUGCUAUGAUGAGUAUUGUGAGGUUUCUUAAUAAAAGUAACGGCUCUGAGGUUGUUGAUGGAGUAGAAGAAGAACACGUGGACGUGUUUGAUCUAAAAGGGGACUAUGAUUGGCCACGUAUUCAUAGUUUAAUCCGUAGGGAGUGUCGUAGGCUAGAUGAUGGGCUUCCUAUCUAUGCCUACCGGCAAAAUGUUUUGAAGAAAAUUUAUGGCCAACAGGUAACGGUAUUGAUUGGAGAAACUGGUUCAGGGAAGAGCACUCAGUUAGUUCAGUUCCUUGCUGAUUCCGGAAUUGCUUCCACUGAAUCUAUCGUUUGUACACAGCCAAGGAAAAUCGCUGCAUUGACAUUGGCUGAUCGUGUCAGAGAAGAAAGCAGUGGUUGUUAUGAGGAGGAAGAUUCUGUUCGCUGUACUCCUUCUACCGAGAAGAUUAGUUCCAAAGUUGUGUUCAUGACGGAUAACUGUCUGCUUCAACAAUUCAUUAAAGAUCGGAGUUUGAGCGGAGUUUCAUGCAUUAUUAUUGAUGAAGCUCAUGAAAGAAGCUUGAACUCAGACCUGCUUCUGGCAUUGCUUAAAGAUCUGUUAUGCAAAAGAGUUGAUCUAAGACUUGUCAUCAUGUCUGCCACGGCAGAUGCUUACAAACUUUCAGAAUAUUUCUUUGGCUGCGGAAUUCUCUGUGUCACCGGAAGGAACUUUCCCGUGGAGAUUCUAUAUUCACCUAGUAGUGACACAGAAGGUACUUCUGUUGUUGCCCGCGUUGCUCCAUAUGCUGAUGAUGUUGUUAAGAAGGCAAUGGAAGUUCAUAGAACAGAGAAAGAAGGAACCAUCCUUGCGUUCUUGACUUCCCAAGCAGAGGUAGAAUGGGCAUGCGAAAGGUUUGUAGCUCCAUCUGCAGUUGCUUUGCCUUUGCAUGGAAAGUUAUCCUUUGAAGAACAGUUUAGGGUUUUCCAGAUUCAUCCUGGGAGAAGAAAAGUAAUAUUCGCUACAAAUAUUGCAGAGACCUCUCUGACUAUUCCUGGUGUCAAGUAUGUAAUUGAUUCCGGGAUGGUGAAAGAGAGUAAAUAUGAGGCUAGAACGGGUAUGAGCAUCCUCAAGGUUUGCAAAGUCAGUAAAAGCUCAGCUCAACAACGUGCUGGUCGUGCUGGAAGGACAGAAGCUGGAAGAUGUUACAGACUCUACUCAAAACAAGAGUUUGAAUCUAUGAGUCUUAAUCAGGAACCUGAGAUUCGGAGGGUUCAUCUUGGUGUAGCAGUUUUGAGGAUUCUUGCUCUGGGUGUAGACACCAUAGCGGAUUUUGACUUUAUCGACGCCCCUGACCCGGAAGCCAUUGUAAUGGCUGUCAAAAAUCUUGUUCAGUUGGGUGCAGUCGCUGAAAAGAAUGGUGUUCUUGAAUUAACACAGGAAGGACAUUGUUUAGUCAAGCUGGGUCUGGAGCCAAAGCUUGGGAAGUUAAUUUUGGGCUGCUUUAGACAUAGAAUGGGCAAAGAGGGGAUUGUUCUUGCUGCUGUAAUGGCUAAUGCUAGUAGUAUAUUUUGCAGAGUUGGUAACUUCGAGGAUAAGAUGAAAGCUGAUUGCCUAAAGGUGAAAUUCUGCAACCAUAAUGGAGACCUGUUCACUCUUCUUUCGGUGUAUAAAGAAUGGGCAUCUCUGCCGCGAGAGAGAAGAAAUAAAUGGUGCUGGGAAAAUAGCCUUAACGCCAAAUCAAUGAGGAGAUGUGAAGACACAGUCAAGGAACUGGAGAUAUGCAUUGAGAGAGAGCUUUCUCUUGUCACUCCAAGUUACUGGGUUUGGAACCUAACCGAGGGUAAUAACAAACACGAGAAGCAUCUGAAAAUGGUUAUACUUGCAUCUCUUGCUGAAAACGUGGCGAUGUACACUGGCUAUGAUCAACUCGGGUAUGAGGUGGCAUUGACUGGGCAACAAGUUCAGUUGCAUCCUUCGUGUUCGUUGCUAGCAUUUGGACACAAGCCAAACUGGGUUGUUUUCGGUGAGCUUCUAUCGGUUACCGACCAGUACUUGGUAUGUGUAACGGCCUUUGAUUUUGAGGCUUUGUCUAUACUUGAUCCACCUCCACCUUUUGAUGCAUCUCAGAUAAAUGAGUGGAGGCUCCGAGUGAAAAAAGUGGCUGGUUGUAGCAGCACUCUGCUAAAACGAUUCUGUGGGAAAUCUAACCGUAGUCUUCUUUCGAUUGUUUCUCGUGCUAGAUCUCUUUGUGUGGAUGAAAGGAUUAAUAUUCAAGUUGAUGUUGAUCAGAACGAGAUUCUACUCUUUGCGCGUCCCCACGACAUGGACAAAGUCUCAACCCUAGUGAACGAUGCGUUGGAAUGUGAAAAGAAAUGGAUGCGUAGUGAAUGUUUGGAGAAAUAUAUAUAUCAUGGUCGAGGACAAGUACCUAUGGCUCUGUUCGGAUCUGGUGCUCAGAUAAAGCAUCUAGAAGUUGAUCAGAGAUUCUUGACAGUCGAUGUAAUCUAUUACGGAGACAGUUGUCUUGAUGACAGAGAGCUUCUGACGUUCCUGGAGAAGGAGAUUGAUGGAUGUAUCUGCUCUAUUCAUAAGUUCUCUGGUAACAAGCAAGACUGUAAUGAGACGGAGAAGUGGGGUAGGAUUACCUUUCUGACUCCCGAAUCUGCUAUGAAGGCAACAGAGAUUCAGAAGUUUGAUCUUAAUGGAUCAGUGCUUAAACUAUUUCCAUCUCUGUCAGCUAGUGGAGGAAUUUUCAAGAUGCCUUCUUUCCCUUCUGUUAAAGCUAUGAUUCGUUGGCCUCUAAAGGAAAGUUGUGGUAAAGGUGUUCUUAAGUGCGCUUCUGGUGAUAUUCGAAGUAUAUUUGGUGGGGCCUCCUCCGGAAGUGUGAUGGGAACAGGCUAUUUCUUUAAGACAAAUCGAAAGUACAGUGAUUCUAUCUUAAUUACUAAUAUUGACAGAACUCUUUCGGAUGCAGAAGUUUUAGAGGUUUUGGAGUUGGCUACGCAGAGAACAGAUUUGGAAUUUUUCUUACUCAGAAACGAGAUUGUGCAUUGUCCACUUCUUACUGAUUGUGAAAAGAUGCUGCAUGAGAGAAUAUUUGCGUGCUUGUCAUCAAGGAAUCCAGACCCAAACUGUGUUCAAGUCAAAGUUUCUGAACCAAAAGAAAAAAGUUAUUUUGUGAAAGCGUUGAUUACUUUUGAUGGGAGAUUACAUCUGGAAGCUGCGAAAGCUUUGCAGGAGUUAGAUGGAGAUUUUCUGCUACCUGGAUGCCAUCCAUGGCAGAAGAUAAUAUGCGAGCAAAAGUUUCAGAGCUCCAUAAUAUGUCCUGCUUUUAUCUACAACAUAGUCAAAAGACAAUUGAAUGCUAAGCUAGCAAGCUUCAAGAGACAAACAGGAGGUGAAUGGCAUCUAGAGCCAACUCCUAGUGGUGCCUAUCGAGUUAAAAUUUUCGCUUAUGCAACAAGACCUAUCUCGGAGAUGCGGAGAUCUCUUGAAAAACUCAUAAGAGGAAGACCCAUGAACCAUCCAAGCUUAACCCCAAGGGUCUUGCAGCAUCUUUUGUCCAGAGAAGGCGUUACUCUGAUGCGGAGGAUCCAACAAGAGACAGAAACUUGCAUUGUAUUAGACAGGCACAGUCUCACAGUGCGCAUUUGUGGAUCAGAAGAGAAAAUUGCUGCGGCUGAACAAGAACUGGUCCGGUCACUUCUGGCUUAUUACGAGAGCAAGCAGCUUGAAAUCCGCCUCCGAGGUCCUCAUUUCCGUCCUGACCUUAUGAAGGAAGUUGUGAAUCGGUUUGGUCCAGAGCUCCAAGGUAUCAAAGAAAAGAUAAAUGGUGUUGAUCUUAGGCUCAACACUCGGUACCAUGUGAUUCAUGUUCAUGGGAGCGUAGAAAUGAAGCAGGAAGUAGAAAAGAUGGUCUAUGAACUUUCAAGAGAAGAAGCUAGUGCACUGGGGGGUAAAGCAGAUGAGAUUGAAGUUGAAUGCCCCAUUUGCUUGUCUGAGGUUGAAGAUGGCUACUCUCUUGAAGGAUGUUCACACCUUUUCUGCAAAGCUUGUUUGUUGGAACAACUUGAAGCAUCGAUGAGAAACUUUGACGCAUUUCCGAUAAUUUGUUCUCACAUUGACUGUGGAGCUCCAAUAGUAGUGGCUGAUAUGAGAGCUCUCUUAUCACAAGAGAAGCUCGAAGAACUCUUCAGAGCCUCCCUGGCCUCUUUUGUAACAACCAGUGAUGGUAAGUUCAGGUUCUGCUCCACAGCUGAUUGCCCUUCCAUCUACCGUGUAGCUGGUCCUCGAGAUUCAGGGGAGCCAUUCGUCUGUGGAGCUUGUAACUCAGAGACGUGCACAAGGUGCCACCUGGAGUAUCACCCGUACAUCACUUGCGAGAGGUACAAACUGUUCAAGGAGGACCCGGACAUGUCGUUGAAGGACUGGGCGAAAGGGAAGAACGUGAAGCAGUGUCCGGUUUGCAAGUCGACGAUAGAGAAAUCUGAAGGGUGUAACCAUCUUCUGUGCCGGUGUGGGAAGCACAUUUGCUGGGUCUGCUUAAAGUACUUCAUUGGCCAAGAACGUUGUUAUGAACAUUUGAGAACAGACCAUGGAGGAAUAGGUAUCUUCGAUGAGCUAGGCAUGCCCAUACUUUGAAGUUUGAAGCUCGAGACCUCUGCAAAAAUGUACAAAUUUGUUUAAGUAGAGGUCCAUGUAUCUAUAUAUAUUGUGUAAAAAUAUGGUUUGGUUCAUAUGUAUAUAUGUGAGAGAUACUGUUGUUCAGUAGUGUAUAUAUCUCCUUUAACC